AUCUCAUGAGUUGUAUAACAUUACAUUAUUGUUUAAAUAAACAGCCUAAUAGCAAACUACUAAUAACAACGAAGGGUAAAUAAGCCAUUAGACUUAUAAUACAUUCUAAUAUGAAAUCGUCUUUCCUUUGUAGAUAAGCCCUAGCCAGGAGCUCUAAAGCUUGGAGCGCCAAACACAGUGGAGAUAGCAAGGAGAAGAACAUGGGCUACAACAGAGAAUGUGACCCGGAGAGAAUCAAACAGAAUUUAACAAUCACAUUUAUUAAAUUUUAUCAACUUAAAUCUAACGGGAGGCAGCGGAACACCCCGUGAUCCACCAUCCGAAUGGUCCCCACGAUCCACAGCCAACGGUCUGCCGCAAGUAAUGUCGAGUUUGUAAAAGCCCGCCAUCUGCCGUAUGCGGAAUGGCGAUCAGCGAAAUAAUUGUCCUUUGUUUGUAUAAUCAAUUCGCAACAAACUUCCGCUUCCUGACAAAUUCCCAAAGUUUGAAUCUUGGCAGACUUCUAUCCACUGCUUCUCUCCGUCCAUGCGAGCUCAUGGGUUCCUCUGGCGGAAUCGCCCCCCUGCCUUAAAAAACCAAUCUUGGUGAAGAAAUAUUGAAGGGGGAAGAAGAAUUAGUAAUGGAAGAAGAAGGGAUCGUAGAGGAGGCGGCGGCAGUACGGCUAAUGAGCUCGGAUUCAAGAUGGGUUGACGGGAGCGAGCUGGAAGGGGAGGAGAAGAGUGCUGCUCUUUUAGGGUUUGAGGAGGAGGCGAUUCUGAGGAGGAGGUUGUGGAAGAAGCCUAAACGGGAGGAUUCACUGAAUGUUGAGGCCAUGAUUAUCGCCGGCUCACAAGGGCUUCGCAAAAAGGAGAAUCUCUCAGCAUGGAGCACUAUAGCUAUGGCAUUUCAAACUCUUGGUGUUGUAUAUGGUGACAUGGGUACCAGUCCCUUGUAUGUUUUCAGUGAUGUUUUCAGCAAGGUUCCCAUAAAUUCAGAAUUGGAUGUGCUGGGAGCAUUGUCUUUAGUUCUCUACACAAUUGCUCUUAUUCCUUUUGCAAAAUAUGUUUUUGUAGUGCUGAAGGCUAAUGAUAAUGGAGAAGGUGGUACAUUUGCAUUAUAUUCAUUGAUUUGUAGGUAUGCUAAAGUUAGCCAACUUCCGAACCAACAGCGAGCUGAUGAAGAUAUUUCUAGUUUUCGGCUAAAAUUGCCUACUACUGAAUUAGAAAGAGCUCUAAAAAUAAAAGAUUGUCUGGAAAAGAAUUCUUGUUUCAAAACUCUUCUCUUACUGCUGGUUCUAAUGGGUACUUCUAUGAUUAUUGGUGAUGGUAUUCUUACUCCAUCCAUGUCUGUAUUAUCUGCAGUUAGUGGCCUGCAGGGAGCUAUUACAGGAAUUAAUUCAGAUGCUGUAGUGAUUCUCGCCAUUGUGAUCCUCGCAGUGUUGUUUAGCAUACAGAGUAUUGGAACUGGCAAAGUGGGUUUUCUUUUUGCUCCGGUGCUAGCACUUUGGUUCUUUGGUAUUGGCUCAAUUGGAUUGUACAACAUUAUUAAGCACGAUAUUUCUGUUUUUAGAGCUUUAAAUCCAGCUUACAUUUAUUUCUUCUUCAAGAGAAAUAACUUGAAGGCAUGGACAGCUCUUGGCGGUGUUGUCUUGUGCAUCACAGGAGCUGAAGCAAUGUUUGCAGAUCUUGGCCAUUUCUCUGUAAAAUCCAUACAGAUUGCCUUCACUUUUGUAGUUCUUCCCUGCCUUUUCUUGGCAUAUUUUGGCCAAGCCGCCUUUCUGAUGAAACAUCCAGAUUCAGUUGAAAGAGUUUUCUAUGAUUCUGUUCCAAAGGCUUUUUUUUGGCCAAUAUUCGUCAUCGCUACUUUUGCUGCUAUGAUUGCAAGUCAGGCCAUGAUAUCCGCAACGUUUUCCUGCAUUAAGCAGUCCAUGGCUCUUGGUUGCUUCCCUCGAAUGAAGAUUAUCCACACCUCUAAGAGAUUCAUGGGCCAGAUAUAUAUUCCCGUUAUGAACUGGUUCUUGAUGGUUAUGUGCAUAAUUAUUGUUGCCACUUUCAGGCGCACAACUGGCAUUGCUAAUGCAUAUGGCAUAGCUGAGGUUUUAGUGAUGUUGGUGAGCACUACAUUGGUGACACUCGUAAUGCUCCUCAUAUGGCAAACCAACCUAUUUCUCGCCCUGAGUUUUCCGGCCAUAUUUGGGACGAUAGAGCUCAUCUACUUAUCUGCAGUUCUUAGCAAGGUACUGGAAGGUGGGUGGCUUCCACUCGCAUUCGCUUCUUGCUUCCUCUUCGUCAUGUACGUCUGGAACUAUGGAAGUGUGCUCAAGUACCGCAGUGAGAUGCGAGAAAAAAUCUCCAUGGAUUUCAUAACCGAGCUCGGGUCCUCGCUCGGAACCGUCAGGGUUCCGGGCAUUGGACUUGUGUACAAUGAGCUGGUACAGGGCAUCCCCUCAAUCUUUGGCCAGCUUCUUGUUGCCCUCCCAGCCGUCCACUCAGUCAUCGUAUUCGUUUGCAUAAAGUAUGUACCCGUUCCCAUCGUUCCUCUAACCGAACGGUUCCUUUUUCGAAGAAUUUGCCGCAAGGAAUUCCACAUGUUUCGAUGCGUCGCGCGCUACGGAUACAAAGAUGUUAGGAAAGAAGACCACCACACGUUCGAGCAGCUAUUAAUCGAGAGCCUGGAGAAGUUUUUGAGAAAGGAAGCUAAAGAACUUGCAUUGGAGAUGAGCCCAGAAGAAACCGAUGCUGACAAUGGCUCACUGUCACCUGAUGUUCCUGAGCUUCGCGUCCCAUUACUUUCUGGUAAGAGGAUGGGUGGUGCCAAGACUGCCGGGGUGGAAGAUGGUUCGUUGAUUCCGUCGACUUCGUCGCCGGCGGCUGAAGAUCCGAGUUUGGAUUAUGAACUUUCAGCACUAAGAGAAGGGAGAGAAUCGGGAUUCACUUAUCUGCUUGCUCAGGGUGAUGUGAGAGCAAGAAAGGAUUCUUGGUUCACAAAGAAGCUUGUGAUAAACUACUUCUAUUCAUUCCUGAGAAGGAAUUGCAGAGCUGGUGCUGCAAAUAUGAGUGUCCCUCAUAUGCAUAUUAUUCGCGUCGGAAUGACAUAUAUGGUUUGAACUCAAUUUCUAAGUCUCUAUGGUGAUGACUAGAUUGAGAUUCCAUGUAUUGUUUUGUUAAUAAGCAGUUAAUGGAAUUAGAGAUGGGAUGGUAUAGUUUGCAAGCAUUUAUGCUGCAUUUCAUGCACUAUGCAGGCUGUCUGAAGGGCAGAAUCUUAUAAAAAUUAAUGUCUAUGUUUUGUUAGGGGAAGUUGAGUCCAAAGAAUAAUAUAGGUGAUUCGAAACUGCAUGUUAUUGUUUUUGUUUUUGAU